AUGUCGACCGGACGCAAGGUCUUCCACUGUGCCGUGGACGAGACGGCCCUGUCCACCAAUAUUAGCGAAAUCAAGAAAUGGACUGCUAAUGGUGCUAUUGAUCUCGUGGUUCCUCUCUACACACUUGAACGACUCCAUGCGCUGAAGCGAGCGGGAUCGCAGGUCGCCAUCAAUGCCCGCGAGGCAGUCCGCUUUCUUGACCGGGUCACUUCCGGCAAAGAUCACAUCGCCGCCGACCGAGUUCUCCUCCAAGGCCCCAUGGAGCAAUACGAACGCUGGGAGGAGGCUGAGAAAUUCUUCCUGCCGGAAUUUGAAGAGGAGCCCGAGGUAAUUGACGAAGCAAUUACCAAUGGCGAGCCGGCAAUCGAACCUAGCACCGAUGAUACUUUGACCAAGAACGAGUCGGAUGAUCUGUCGCAGAUGCUCUUGUCCAAGCUGAACUUCAAGAAGGACCCGGAGGCUGUCUCGAUCACCUCCGUCGGCACCCCCAGUGGACCUGGAUCGCGCACAUCCUCUCGCAGCUCCCGUACCAGCCCCGAGUGCGCCCAGCACGAGUCCAGCAGUGGAACAAAGAAUGACAAGACCAAGAGCAAGUCUUCCAGGCAUCAGCGCACCAUCUCCGGAACCGUCAUCCCGACCGCGCCGCCCGCUCUGCGCCCAUUGCUGAGCGCUCUGCUCUGGCGGUUGCAUACCGGCCCCGAUGCUGAGAACUCUGCCAAGACCUGCAUCCUCAUCUCCAAUGACCGUGCGACCCAGGUGUGGGCUCAGAAGUUUGGCAUUGGUGUGAAGAACAUUCUGCAGCUACGCACCGCUAUCCAGUACGAGGAGCGUGAGUACAAAAACCGCUGCAAAUAUGUCGAGAAAACCCAGACCCAACCCGCCGAGCCGAAGACAUUGUUGUCCUACGAAGAAGAGAGCGAUGAAGAUGAGCUGGUGUUCGUCCCCCGCGGUCGUGGAAAAGGAACCCCCCGAGGUGCUUCGCGUGGUGGGGGUCAGCGAAAGGCUGCCCCCAAGGCUGCGCCACCUGUUGAGCAUGCUGCCACUGUGGAAGUUCCUACCAAGCCCAUUGAUCCGGACUCUUUCAGCCGGUCUCUGGGCGGUGCAACUAAGCCGCCCACUGUAGAUUCGAGCGUUCAACAAGGGGCCGCCGGUGCCACCAGUGCGCCCCGCGGUAACGCUGGAGCCUCUCGCCGCUCAUCUAAUGGUCGCCGCGGUGGAUCCUCGCGCGGUGCACGAGGCAAUGGUCGUGGCCGUGGUAAGCUCUGGGUUCCUUGA